GUAAAGUGGAAUCAGUUACCCUUACGGUGUCGCCGCUCCUGUUGACCACUUAAAAUCGUUUUGAUUAAUCAACACAAUAUACUCAUAAAUCUCGUUUUUUUGCCCGCGCUCAAGGUUUUAAAUUUUGAUCCGGUAUCAACAUUUCUGAUGCCGGAACAUACAAUUUUAUGUAUUAAUUAAUCCUUAGCAAUAUUAUUCCAGUUAUUUGAAUUUAUCAAUUUUUUUCCGAUAGUUUGUUGAACGCGGACGAAGAUGAUCUAAGCAACUUCAUGUUGAAAUGUUUUUUUGUCUACUGUGAAUAUAGCCUCAACUUUUUUUCAAAUAAGAACUAAGUAUGGCUAAAAAACGCCGUGGUGCCGUUGGCAGGCCUCGUAAGCCUAACAGUGGCAACAAAAGUGGUUCACGUUUAUCAUCUGUGUCCAAACGGGUUGUCAAUUCCGUUCAUAAAAAAUCGCAAUCCCGAAAAUCGAUUUCUUCUAAUAAAUUAGUUUCGAACAAUAAUAGUACUACAUCAAAAUUUGAUCAAGCUGUUCUGCCUACCGUAGUUCAAUUAUGUUCUGAUGAUCCUGUUGUAACCACUUCUAACAAUGGUAACAACACAAUUUCCAAGUCAGGAAAUUGUUCUGGCGGGUCUUCAGAAAAAACAACUGUUUGCCAGCCCCCUAUUGCCAAGACUACCAGCCAGCUUCUUAGAAAUAUGCUUCUAUCUACUGAUCGACUCCGAGCUAAAUCUGCUACUUCAAGUUCAUCUAUUGGUCUUCCAUCUAAUACAUCUAGUAGUGUACCUGCUUCUACACUUGUUAAUAACCCUCCAUAUUAUUAUGAUUACUAUCAACAGUAUGAAAAUGGGCCUCUUAACCUAGAAGUGAUGACACCUCGUAAAUCUUCAAGGGGUAAAUGUUGGAAUAGUAGAAAAUCAAAUGCUAACUCAGUUUCUUUGUCAAAAUCACCUGCUAAUGUUAAUAGAGGUAACUUCUAUACUCCAGCAGAUUUACAUGCAUUUCCUGAUAUACCUCAGUUGGCUGAUGUUGAUGUAGCUGCUAGCUUGAGAGGAGAACGGGAUUGUAUAUUAAAUGAUCAGAUAAGUGCUGACGAGGAAGAUAUAACUAGUAAUACUCAUAUGUCAUGUGUUGAUGAUCAUGAUGUUGAAUCAUCAGCAACUGAAGAUACUCUUAGUAAUCAAUCAACCACAGAUAGUGAACAUCGUGAUUUUGAUCAGCGAUGGGCUACAAUGAUGUCUUCUUCAACAGCAAGAUCAGUUUUUGAUGAAAAUAGUGGUGGAGUUGGAGAUACUGGAAUAAUGAUGACGCCCUCAUGUUGUGGUGACACAUCAACAUUAGAUAGUGAUGAUAGACUUAUUGUUGAUGAAUCCUUGUUUCUUAAUAAUGAUUUGAUGCACAUUCAAAAUUAUAUCAGUGAUACUGUUGAUGCUGCCAAUGAAGAUGCUAUAAUACCUUUACCUGAUACAACAGAUGUAAUAUGCACAUUGCAAUAUUAUGAAUCCCGUUUAUUAGCUGAUCAUCAUUUACAAAACAUAAAUGCGGAAAAUUUAUCAACAGUCGUUAAUGCAAAUGAAAAUGGGCAACAAUAUCAUCAUCAUACUUUGGCUGAGUUUGCAAAUAUGCUUCCAUGUCCAGUGGCUGGAUGUUUGUGGUACUCCCACUCAGCUACAUUGUAUGUGCAUUUAUUUACAUGUCAUCAAGAAAUGAUAUCUUACGGAAGUACAAUUACACAUGCAUUUCGACGUCAAGAUGUACGUGAUUAUUGUUUUUAUACACAUCUUCAAUAUGUUCAAAAUACUGUAUAUAUUGUUACAGUGGCUUAUGAUUGUUAUAGUCGUACUUUUGUCGCAACAAUACAGCAUGUAUCAUCAUAUGGUGAUAAUACAAGUGCUUCUUCAACGACAGCAACAUUAAUAGCUGGUGGUAUUAAUAAUAUACCACCUUCUGGACUUAACUAUAAUAAUACUAGACAGCAACAAAAUCAUUGUGAACAGCAAGGUCAUUCUUGGACAGGACAUGUACAACCAUACACAGUUCCUUUAGAUGUGUUGCAUGCUGAUGGCCGUUGUUUAUUCAUAGAUCCGGCUCCAUCUGCUGUUGUUGAUCAUAUAAUUGUUGGUGUACACCUUUCAAAUUCAGUAAUGCCUUAUGAUCCAGAAACAAUAUCUACAUCAUCAAUGCUUGCUUGUCUUUGAAUAAAAUAAUGGUUAUAUUGACUUAGAACUAUUUUAUAUAACUGACAUUUUAACUUUGCUUUUGAUUACUCAUUGAGUUCCAAUAUUUUAUUUUUUUAAAUUAUUAUAAAUUUAUUUUCUGUUACAAAUUUAAGAUUUUUUCUUUUUUGU